GCAUUUUGGUGCCCAACAGUUCUUAUCCAGUGUGGUGGGUGAGAGAGUAACUGAAAAAACCAGACAUUGAUCAAUGGUUAUAGUUGCAUUAUCUUCUUCCCUUCCGGGGAGGUCCAACCUCUUCUCAUCCUUACCUCCACCCAACAACCCUACCUCCUCCUCAUCAUCAUCUGCCACUCCUCGUCCCCCUAUUCCCAUUCCCAAAUACCCUCCCCCUAAAAAACCACCACCACCACCACCACCAAACCCAGCCUUCAAACACCACAACAAAUCCAAAUACUACAAACCCAUUAAAAACCCCACAGUCAUCACUUCCGAAGGCGACCGUUCCGUAAUAAUCGGUGAAUCAGGCGUUUCCUAUCUUCUCCCCGGCGCACCUUUCGAAUUCCAGUUCAGUUACUCGGAGACACCGAAAGUGAAACCGUUAGCGAUUCGUGAACCGGCGUUUUUACCUUUUGAACCGCCGACGAUGCCGAGGCCUUGGACUGGUAAAGCUCCGUUGAAGAAGUCGAAGAAGAAUAUUCCGCUUUUUGAUUCGUUUAAUCCUCCGCCUCCUGAUAUGAAAGGUGUUAAGAAAGUUGAAAUGCCGGGUCCUUUUCCUCUUGGGAAGUUUCCAGAAGAAGGAAUGAGUAGAAAGGAGAUACUUGGUGAGCCUCUUAAGAAAUGGGAGGUCAAAAUGCUUGUUAAGCCUAUGAUGUCUGAUAAUCGCCAGGUUAAUCUCGGAAGGGACGGAUUAACGCAUAACAUGUUGGAGUUGAUACAUUCACAUUGGAAGCGUCGCCGCGUUUGUAAAAUUCGGUGUAAAGGUGUUCCCACUGUUGAUAUGGAUAAUGUUUGCCGCCAUAUUGAGGAGAAAGCAGGGGGGAAAAUAAUACAUCGAGAUGGUGGUGUAGUUUAUCUUUUCCGUGGCAGAAAUUACAACUACCGUACUCGUCCGCAGUAUCCAGUGAUGCUCUGGAAGCCAGCUGCUCCUGUUUAUCCAAAACUUAUACAAGAUGCUCCAGAAGGAUUAACAAAAGCUGAAGCAGAUGAGUUACGGAUGAAAGGGAAAAGAUUGUUGCCCAUAUGUAAAAUAGGCAAAAAUGGAGUAUACACAUCACUUGUAAAGGAUGUCAGAGAUGCUUUUGAAGGGAGCCAUUUGGUGAAGAUUGACUGCAAGGGAUUGGACCCUAGUGAUUACAAGAAGUUAGGUGCCAAGCUUAAGGAUUUGGUUCCUUGUGUGCUAUUGUCUUUUGAUGAUGAAAAAGUACUGAUUUGGAGGGGCAGAGACUGGAAAUCAAAGUACCCACAAGCUCCAGUUUUUCCACCUGCUGCAGUUGGCAUUACAAGGAAUUUGGACAAUACAGAUAAGGUUGGCGAUAAUCAAUCAAAGGAUAUAAGCAACAUGGUCAAAACAAGCUCAAAAAUGUUAUCUUUGUGGAAGAGUGCAAUUGAGGCAAACAAAGCUUUGUUGCUAGAAGAAUUUAAUCUUGGUCCUGAUGCUCUCUUGGAGAAGGUAGAAGAAUUUGAGGGUAUUUCGCAUGCCACAGAACACUCCUAUCCAGCAUUUACUUCUUCAAGUGACGGCGUAGAGGAUGUUGAUGAUUAUAAUGGCAACAAUGAUGAUGAAGAUAAUGAUGAUUACUACAAUGACGAUGGAGACGUCGACGAGUUUAAUGAUAUAGUGGAUACUUAUGCUCAACCCGGAACGCUACCAGUUGAUUUGCUUGUUAAUAAGCUCAAAUUUAGAAAUAAGUACUAAGACUUAAAAAAACAACUAUAAUAACUUGAGAAGAGCUUGUGUAAAUUAGCAAAGUAGCUUAAAAUUGUAAAAUUACUAAUCAUGAAAAAAAAUAGUUGUAUAUAAUUAAUUGGUCAUUUUUCUCAAAAAAUAUUAUGUCCCUUGGUUUCAUGAGGGAUGCAAUAUCUGUUA